AUGAAAGUUGGAAGUUUAGCGUCUGCAGGAAGUGGAAGAGGUGAAAUGACAAAGGUGGAACGGAAGUUAAGACUUUACCGGACACUGAUUUAUCAGCAUGGUCAAGCAUGGAUUCUCUACUACAACUAAGACAUUAUUAUAAGUUACGAAGGUGAGACCUCUGGGGCUGACAGGACCACGCCAGCGCCGGCGCUUAGUUAGUAGUAGAUAAGUUCUCACCUGACUUUUCUUUUUUCGGUUUUUGUUUUUUCUAGUUAGAUAUGCUCCACCAACAUUAUUAUAAGUCACAAAUUUUACUAUGAAAUUAACAGUAUGUAUGAGUUUAGAUAGAAGUAAGUUGAAGUAAUGUUCAUCAAGCAUGCUGGAUUCACAGACUUGUGCACUUUUCUCUGUGAUUGAGGAUUCCUCUAUUCGUCUAACUUGGCUACGAGCGUCCUCAAGCUUUUUGGAUCUAGCAGUGCAGAAAGGGGGAGAAGAUGAAGAGGAUGAUAAUUACGGACCCUUUGCUUUCCUUCUAGUAGUCUGGCCCAUGACCUUGUCCUAUUGAUCGUGUCCUUCCUUCGUUGUUAUCCUUUCUUCUUGUCCUACGUUCUUGCCCUAUGCUUCGCAUCUCAUUUUGUGCCUGCUGCUGAAAAAUCGAAAGAGCAAGAAGUUUCCAAAUGUACAGACUUGACGGAAGUCCUCUCUACAUUUUUACUCCAUGGAUGAAAUAUUGACUUUGAAAAGUCCUAGUCACAAACUCAUCAUCACUAAUAGACGACUGCGCGCUUACCCACAUGCCAUGAUGUGACGAAAAAGGAGCGCGUAGAGAGUAUUUUUCGAGUCUUUUUGCCGCUGCAAGAACAGGCUCCUCCUCCUGAGAAACAGGAUUAAGGCUUUGUCUUCUAACGGACACAGGUUCGUUUACGUUUACUUAGUUGCAGUUUAUUUAGUUACAUAAGUAAAGCAGCCGGUUAGUUUUCCCUCUAUCUCGUAGAUUUAUCGCCUCAAGCAAUAGUUACAGGUCUAGGGACGUUUCUUGGUAGGUGAAGCAAACGACCCUAGUAUCCUGUCCGAUCCUCUCCAUCUUCAGUGGAGAUGCUAGGACGGAGAAGGUGGUAUUUAGGUGUUGUAACCAGAAUGUCAGUCUAAGUUGUAGGACAGAAGAAGAAGAAAGGAGACGGGCAGGAAAAGGGUUCGGACGAGGGAUAUGAGGAGGUUACGGUCCUGUUGUUAUAUCGUGAUUGAUUAUUUAGAUCAUUUUUUAGGCUUGCGACUCAAGUAGGUUUAACGCUUCCACCUCGGCCGUCUUUACAACUACCGCAGGAAACGCAUCAUCCCGCCGAUGGCCUCCCAUGGUCGUUUGGGAUCAUGCAGCAUGAUGAUACAACAUCUGUACUUGAACAUGCAAAAAAUGCCCCAGCAUCUAAUCUCAGCGAGGAGGACUCGUUUGUGCAAUUGGGGAGGAAGAAGGCUUCGUUUCUAGAAGAAUCUGAUACGGAGGAAGGCGGCGACGACGAUGAAGAAGAGGGUUAUGGCGAAAUUCUGUUGAUGUUAAAAACUCGUAAUGAGGUUGUUUGAGUGGUUAGGGAUCCUAGCAGUCUUGUCGAUGGUUGUAGAGUCUUAGUACUCUCUGAAUAGAUGCACUGAUGACGAUAACCAUCGACAAGGGCUAUCUAAAAAGGUCGUAUCAAUGAAGGAAAUCAAAAUGAAUCUGUAUAUGUAGAAGCAGAUGAAUCGACGUCGAUCGUUGUUGAAAGCACUAAGGAAAAGAUUCUAGCAAGGGUGACGCAAAGCAACCUUAUGUCUGGGUUCCAGAGCAGCGAUGUCUUCUGUCCUUCUGGUUUUCUGAAGACGGGGGCGUCGGGUUACGUGCCGAAAUCGUGCGCGAAAAGGGAACAGUUGUAUGGCAAAAGGAAAUAUUUAGAUAUACAUACUUCAUCUGUGUUGGUGUUAGCCGAGGUGGACGACAUGAUGAACAGGUUUACGGUGGAAGUAUGAACAGGUCUACGGUAAAAGUCGUAGGACAGGUCCUACAUCGCGCAGGCGCACAUCGCCAACUUGUUCAACGACAAACGCCCAAAUGUGUGCAUUGAUUCAUACAACAAACAAGAGUAACUUACUAGAUCAUGUUCUUGGUAUAGUAGCCUGAUGAAAUUCCUAUGAUUAUUCACAUAUUCAUUUUCCCACGAAGCUGCGGCAGAAAGGCAGGGAUAUAGCACCUUCCCGGAUACGGUUGAGGAAACAAAUGCUUCCUCUUUUCUUGCGGUUGCGAGUCAUGUGGACCCACCGAUUCUGGAGUCACCUUCAGCGUCCGUUCCGAAUCGAUUUACUUAAGGCCACAACGUAAAGAAAAUGGUUUUAGAAGACUAGAUAAAGCAGUCUUAACACUUCGUGUUCAUCGUAUGGCCACGAGUCGAGGAGGACUUUGGAAAUACAGCAUAGAUACUCUCGAGGAUGAUAGAUUCUAAUCUUGCUUCGUCAAACGAGAUAUUACUAAAAAUAGACUCACAAUAGAUUCUCAUGUCUUUUUUGGUUCUUUUUCAGUUAGGCUUAGGCUUAGGGCUUUAGAAGUCACCAUCUAGUAAAUGGUGACUUAGAAGUGAGGUAACAAGCCCUAAGGGACGACCUAGAAGUGACUUAGGGCUGCUUUAGAAGGGACCUAAUAGAUAAAUUCAUCUUCUAAUUUUCCUCCAGACGUAGCGUGGCAGUCUUUCCCGAUGGUAGUUCCUCCGCAGAAGAGCCUACAGAUGAAGAAUUCGGUGAAGCAGGGGCACUGUUACAGGUACUUAUUUUUACAACAUACUGCUACUUCUCCGAGUAUUUUUAGGACUCAGAUUUCCAUGAUUAUAACAUUUUUGUAAGAGGAACAUACAUUACGAUUACCGCUUUAUUAUAUCAGGCGCUUGGAUUUUCCAUGAGUGGCACCGAUUUGAAGAACAUGAUAUUUUUGUGGUUCUCUGGAGAUGGUCCCUCUUGAAUUGUGAUCUUUGUGCGAUAUUAGUCCAAGUACUGUGAAUAAUCUCGACUUAUAAGAACUUGAAUGAUCCAUCGCUGCCAGAUGCACCGAAAGCGUGUUGGCGAUGACGACAAGAAGGACGAUAAGAAAAAGCCCCCGAAAGAUGAGAAGGGUUCCUGUUCAGGUCUAUGCGACGUUAAGGCUCUCACCUCCAAUUCAUUAUUUGACUAGACAUCGAUCGAUCCUUGAAGGGUUCGAUGCAGUUGAAACUUUUUGAAUUUGGCGAGCUCUAACGACGGCGACGAGGUCGCUGAAGUAAAGGGGAAAAAAGCAGAUAAAGUUAUGGUCGACGAAAUGAAUGAUAAUGAAAAGAUCUUUUCUGCGGCGGUGGCCGUUGUGCUUCGUCGUCUAGUAGUUUUAGGUGCCUGGCCGUUGUGCUUCAGGAUUCUCGCCGGGUAAUUACAUGCUCGCUUCGCGAGAAAUAUAGUCCCAGGUCCCCCAAAAAAAGAUAUAGUAAAUCUUGAAUGAAUGAAUCAGAAGGCCCUCCCAAGCUCUGUCCACUUUUAGCGUUAGGCUAUCCCUUGGAACUAUAGCAGGAAAUUGUAGACCCAUGUCCAAAAAAAAUGCGAUAUAGUUGUAAAUCAUGAAUGAAUAAAAAAGAAGGAAAGAAUUUUGACAAUUGUGAACGUGACACUACUAGACUUGUGAAUGUGAUACUACUAGGCUUGUGAAUGUGUCACUAUUAGACUUGUGAAGGUGACACUAGAAGGACUUGUAGCACUAAUAAAUAAGUAGUAGAGCCAUAACAUGGCUCGUCCUGAGGAGGUUGUAGUUAAGUAGCUAGAACAAAAACUACUAGCUACUACAUAUUACCUCUAAUGUCCACGACGCCGAAGAGGCAAAAGAGGAUGACGAUAUUAAGGCUGCACUCCAAAAACUGUCUCAUUUAGAAGAGUAGAACAAAUCGGGACCAUCACUUUUACUAGCAAUAUUAAGCUGGUAACUUCUCUACGAGAGCAAAUAGCGAUCAUAACUCCUUCUCAGUCGCCCACCCGCUGCUUUUUAAUAUGUACUAUGAAUAUUUACAGAAUCAAUGGAGGUAGGUGGACUGACCUCGGAUACAUGACACGACGUCGGAUACCAGAAAUCGCCAGGCGGGAAUCUUAGUCAAGCUGCCGAAUAGAUUCGAGGCAUCAGGUGGACAUGAAGAAAAUAGCCAGCGCGUUUUCCUUUGUCUUACUCCCCUCAUCCAACAUUGUAGGGGGCCACAUUGUAGGUGACCACUCUUUCCAACUGCUCUAAGAUUAAAGCGGAUGACGAGGAGGUUUCAGAGCUGCCAGAUGGCAGAAAGAUCAUCCAUCCUUGGGGUGAGUUAUGAAGAGCAUCUUACACUUACUGAGUCAUCAUACUAAAUUAUUUAAGUAUUUAAGUAUUAGAAUAAUUUUUUUUUCGAGUUCUUUCUUACAAUUAGGGCUCCACCAACCACAUCGUAUGAUCAGAAACUUUUUCCACAUAGUAUAAACAACUUUUUCCUCUGAUUGUUAGUGUUUUUCUUUCAUUUUGUGUCCACAAUCUGCUUGUCAGCAUCAUCAUCUUGUCAACAUCUUUCAUACCUUUGCGCGAAGUGGGAAAAAGGGAAGCGUGCGGGUUGUUGCAUGUCAACAGAGUUGCCCGAUGCCGCAGUGGAGUCCGAAACAUUGAUCUUAUGUCCUACGACUCACACUAAGCAUUCUUGACCCGCCAGGGCACUUUUGUAUUGACCCAAGCCACCGUAAGCCUACCCAAGUACUAUUGAACCAAGGGCUACUUGGACUAACCAAACACACUACAACUUGUACAACUUUUGACUUUCCUACUUUACCCUGGUGCUGCCGAGUAACUUUUUAUAACUCAAAACUGAUUCAUCUAACAGAUGCCAAGUUAUCGAGCGAGUUGAAGUGCUCCAUGCCGAAGAAGAAGAAAGGUGAUGACGCAUAAAAGGAGGUGGUGCUCUCUCGUUGAGGUAGACGGGAAGGCGGUCUCUCUACUUUGAAGAAUAGAAGGAGUUGCUCUCUCGUUGAGGUAGGCGGGAAGGUGGUCUCUGGUUGACGAAUAGAAUAGAAUUAGAAGGAGGAGCUCUCUCGCUGAGGAAGAGGUCUCUCGCUGGCGUCUGUCAGUAGGGCAAGGCGUGGAAGGAUUCUGUUGAUAACUGCGGGUUUGAAAUUAAAAGAACAUGGUAGUAUAAUUACUGUAAAGAGAAAUGAUCCAAAUUUCAGGCACGUUGCCGAAUUAUAGAUUCAAAGCAUCAUGUUUAUACCUGUAACUACGAUCAUCAAGGAUAAAUAUAUAGUAACUACGUGUGAUAGUCGAUAUUAAGAACGGUAGCUACGAUCCAAGGUGACGCAAUGACACAACAAGAUGAUCCAAGAUGACUCCAAUCCAAGAUGUUAGCGAAUCGUAUAAUAUGCUGCAUUGUUCACUUAUAUUUGUGGUCCACUGAGUGACUCUGACUUCGUUGUUUUUUUAGGUAUGCUUCUCGAUUACGCUUCACUCCUACACCCAGACUCAUCAUCUUUACCCAGAAUGUAGUAUCUCCUUCGUCGUGGUAAGUUUUUCCUAGUCCUACUACGGCUAUGUUGCGGGUGCAAUGAUAGUAUCCGAUAAAAAUGUAUAUUUUUAGCUUGUUCGUUGUGGAUUAGUUGACGCCCUACACUUGAUGGCUGGAAGUUGAUG